GGCUGGACAGGGACAGGGACAGGGACUGGAGUGAGGGUGGACUCAUCUUCUCCGCUGCGCAAGGCGUUAAGCUCUCGACAGAAACACGCAGAGCUCGGAGGGAGGGAGGGAGAGGUCCAGAAGCAGGACAACGAGCUCGACCUUCGUCUCCCGUCGGCAUCCCCGCCCCAAGAUUAGCUUAAUCCCAACAGACAGAUGUUGUGCGCGCCCGGCUCCACGCCAUUUCUGACCGACUCUCCAUUUAGUCUUCCGCCUGCUGCUGCUGCUCCUCUUCGUCGUCGUCCCUCUGCUGAGAUCCGGAGGGCGGAAUAAAGCAGCAGGCAGCGCAGGCCAGCUUUCUCAGUCCCCUAGAUUCUUCAUGGCGAGAGGCGCAGCAGCUGCAGCAGCAGAGCAUCGGAGGCCAGCGAGCGACGAGAUGGCGUAGAGGAGGAGGAGGAGGAGGAGGAGGAAGAAGAAGAAGGAAGAGAGAGGGAUUGAAAUGGUGGAGGAGUGCCGAGGAGGAGUGAGGAGGAGGAAGGAGUGAAGGCCGGGGAGGGAUUUGGAGGCGAGGCAAGGGAGGGGAGGGAUGAUGGAGGGGAUGGGGAGCAUGGACGAUUUUGCGCCGGACCUGGAGCUGGAGGACGACGGGCUGUUCCGAGGGCGCAUGAGCUUCAGGGAUCUGCUGGAGGAGGCGGACGAGAAGGAGACGAAGCCUCCGCCAAGAAAGAAGAAGCGCGGCAGCAACAAUGUGCAGAGCCUGCUGGAGGCGGUGAUCGCGCGGCAGCAGAAGUUCUUCAGCGACCUGCUCGAGUCCAUCGAGCGCAAGGAGCAAAUUCGCGAGCAGAUUCGCCAGGAGAAGGAGGACAAGUGGAGGGCGGAGGAGCGCGCGCAGCUCGGCGUCUUCAACAAUGCCAUGCUCGUGCUCACGCAGGAGCUCGUCGGCGGCGAUCGCGCCUCCAACAACUCAUCGGUGCUGCCGCUCGCGCUCACGGGCUCCGUCGUCGGCAGCCCUGAGGCCGGCUCCGUCGGGCCCAAGCGCCGCUCCAAGAAUUGGAAGAGCUCCGAGGUGCUGCAAUUGAUCAAGCUCCGCGGCGACAUGGAGACCCGCUUCGCCAAAUGCACCAAGCGGGCCGGCCUCUGGGACGAGCUCGCCGAGGGUUUAGCGGCGCUCGGCGUCAAGCGCGAUGGCAAGCAAUGCCGCGAGAAAUGGGACAAGCUCACGGCCGAGUACAAGGACGUGGUGGACGGCAAGCGCGACCAGAACGAGAGCCCCUACUUCGCCGAGCUCACGGAGAUCCUCGGUCGAGCCGCAGCGGCGGCGGCAGCAGCAGCAGCAGCCGUGGCUGCAUCCGCACCCGACGAGGAGGCGGCCUAGGACGAUGCCCGUGGAUCGACAUUGAUGACAUUUUCGUCCACCCGACACCCAAAAUGAGGCCGAGCGACGAGCGGCAGAAAUGGCCCUGAGCUCAACCAUUCAUGCGAAAUGAGCGAAGCGAAUUGGGUCUUCGAGAGCCAUCGAGAGCUUCUGCUUUCUGCGGCGAGGGAGAGAGAGAGAGAGGAUCAUCGGCCCACCGUGGGCCGAAUUCGUACCAGGAGCGAUCCGAGCAAGAAAUUUUUUCAUUCCUUCUUGAGCCGGAGCUGAGAGAAAAUGUGUCUACGGGGGAGACGGUGGCCGAAGAAUCUGAAAGUUUUGCUAUGGCGGACUCGGAAGAGGCGGAGAUGCGGUAAUGCUGCUGCUGCCCGCUCGUAAUUGCUGGGGGGCUGCACUGCACUGCGCGCCUUCUUCCCUCGUGUUUCCAAAUUCGGAUUUGCUGUUUUGUGGACGAAUGGCGAUUUUGAUGGGAAGAGUAUAUUUUUGUGAAUUCUUGCUCGUAGGCAGCACUGUUCUUGUGGUCUGGCUGCAGCCGGAAUCGGUUGGCCGAGCCGGCUCCAGCGGAGAGACAUGGGACCAGACGCCGGAGGGCGAAUGAGAGGAAGAGAGAAUCGGUAGCCUGGGAACGGGACCUAAAGUCCCGCAUUCCUUUCUGUGGAUCGUGCGCUGUCGUUUCACUCGGGAGCCUAGACACUGAGAGAGAGAGAGAGACAGAGAGCUUGUACUCGUAAAGCAGCUGCUGCUGCUGCUGCCUGCCAUAGCUCAGCUCAGCCACGCAGCCGAAUGGCAGGAACUACAAAUGCCGGAGUAGGGAAAAUAAGUCGUAGGGGCGGAAGGUGGGGCUCAGGGAGGCAGGCAGGCAGAGGCAGUGCGAGAGAGGAGAGAGGAGAGAGGAUGCAUUUGAAUUUGUCAAGGAAUUUGAGUAGUGAAGACGGUGAAUCUACAGGAAUCUGCUGGCCCAAACGUGACAUGGUAAUCCUAC